AUGGAUCGCGCGUCCUUCUGGCACGUUCACGAUCUCAUCAAGGACAACCCGGUUUUCUUUUCCGGGAACGGACGUCGACAACGGCCGGUUCAGUAUCAACUGGCAACUUUCCUGUGCCGAAUAGGCGGCGAGAGCAAUGAGAAGGCUGGGGAUGUCACCGCGAUCGCAGAAGGAACGACAUAUCUGUACUGCGAGCGUGUCUGUCGUGCACUCCGAACCCUCAAAGCUCAACACCUUGCAUGGCCAGGCCCCGAGCGGCGGCAGUUCCUGAAGGAAUGCAUGGCGGAGUACGGGUUCCCUGGUUGUAUAGGCAUUGGAGAUGGGACAUUCUUCGGUCUGACAGAGAAGCCGUGGGUGAACGGCUUUGCUUACUGGUGUCGGAAGAAGUUCUAUGCAGUCAUCUGUGAUCACCGCGGCAUCAUCCUUGACUACGAGGCUGGCUGGCCAGGUUCUGUGGCAGACAGUACUGUCUUCAAGGAAUCAGAUUUAUGGAAAAAUCGUACGCGGUACUUUGCAAACGACGAAUACAUUCUCGUCGAUAAAGGUAAACUCUUUCAGCUUCAGGAACGUUUAUUGACUCCAUUUUAG